CGUCGCUUCCGUGGAGCGCCCCAGGCUGCGCGCUCCGGCCGUGGGGGCAGCUGACUGAAGCGUGGCUUCUGGGCCCCCGGGAAGGGGGAUACUGAGACAGGCACGAUUCCGCGUUCCGUCCGCGGCGAGUCCCGGCCCGCGGGAGCCCUGGAACCCCUCAGAGUCUGGACUCCUCGCGAGCUGCCCUCGCGCUCCGGGUGGAGUUUAUUUUCCUGAAGCUGUCAGUUCUCAUCCGGGCAUUCGCGUGGCACAUGUUUGCCGUCCACAAAGGGAGGGUGAGAGGCAUGCGAAUUUGUCCUCCGGACUAGGCCGGCCCCAAGUGUUGAUGGCUCUUUGGGGGAUCUUUGAGCUCUUUGGAGCCACCUGGAACUUGCUCCCUCGCCUCGAAAGUGUGCACAGGUUGGACGUAUUUGCUGUGCCCCGAGAUGCUCUCCAGCCUCUUAGAAAUAGUAAUGUACUUGUCUCUUUGAUUUAGGACCCCAAAGGAUUCUGGGCCCCUAGAAUAAACUAACUGCAACUAUGAUGCUGGAAGAACCUAAGACUUUAAGACUUAACUAGUCUUGCUCCUGCGAAAACCUUAAGUUUUCCUGGUUACUUUGUGACAGCUGAGUUUGCUGGGCAGAAUGGUUGAUUAUGUUAAGUGAACUUUUUUUUUAACAAACUCAUUUGCAAGACUAAACCAGUCCUCAGCUCCACUUGAGGGAAAUGGAAGAAGGGACUAUGACAUCUGAACUUCAGUUUGGGGUGUAUCAAUGGUUCCUCAUUCCUCCUUUAGGACUCACCUCUGUCAUACUGCCUGUGGAAUGGUCCCUUCCUGAGGCAGUGGUCGGGAUUCCCAGGUGAGCCUGGACUGAGGGAGAUUCCAACUUCACGCCCUGGGAGGGGAGUCUCUGCCUGAUUACAUUACAGUCUGAGCGUUUGAGUAGAGUCCAACCAGGCCCCAAAAGCUGAAACUACUUUCCAGUGUUAGGGGAAAUGCUCAGACAGCCGAAGAAAGCUUUGUGGAGUCAUUCCAGAGAGCAUACAGGUAAGUUCUGGCUGUGCUCGUGUUGGAAGGGGUUUUGACUUAUCACAGCUACAAAUGAUAUCAAGGUGUUUCCUUAUUUUUUCUUCUGGUGGUCAAAUUUAGUAAAUUUGGGUGAUGCUAUCAAUUGUCAACUAUAGAGGAGUCAGUCUUUCGUUUUGGUGUUAUAAGUCUGUAAAAUUAUGAACCUGAAUUUUAUCUAGACAAACCAGAACUUAAGUAUCCAGGUAGACACUGAGUUGUUAAAAACAGUUGUCCCAAAAGGUUAUGUUUCUGUUUCAUUGAUGUUUCUUUGCCAGUACGUCUUUAGCACUCCUGUUACGGUAAUGAAUAUGUAAGCCAUGUGAGAAAAUCAGUCAUAUUUAAUAGUCAUACUACAUGUUUGACCAAAACUUGUCUUACCUGGCUUGGUAACUCACCUCAUUCUCCAGACCAGGCUCUGAAUGACUUCUGACUAUUUCUGAAACUAACCCACCUUGAGGAGGAAAAUUUGCUGCUACCAGAGAGAGCCAGGAGAGCGAUCUGCAGUGGCACAGCCAGCAGCAGGUCUGCAGCACAGGGUCCGGAGCUGGGAGGUGCUGCACAGGGCCAAGCAGAGUGGAGGUCCUGAUUCUCCCUGUCAGAGCCGUGGGUACCGAUGGAUGUGGCCGAGAGCCCUGAACGGGGUCCAUGCUCUCCAGAAGAUGAAGAGGAGCAGCAGCGGGGGCUCUCGGACGAUGACAUUUUGAAGGAGAGCGGAUCAGAGCAGGAUUUGGACGGAGCUGGGGGGAGGGCAUCUGACUUGGAGGAUGAGGACCACACAGCCCGGGGACUGAGCCAGGGGGAGGAAGACCACUCCGACGAGGAGGGCCCAGCAAGCGAGCCCCAGUCUCAGGAUCCAGACUCUGAGGCCAACGAGUUGAGCAGGGGCCCCGCGAGCCCCCCGUGUGAGGAGGAGGGGGGUGUGGGGGAGGAGGACCGGACCAGUGACCUCAGGGACGAGGCAUCCUCCGUCACUAGGGAGCUGGACGAGCAUGAACUCGAUUAUGACGAGGAGGUCCCCGAGGAACCUGUCCCUGCUGCCCAGGACGAUGAGGCCGAGAAGGCAGGGGCCGAGGGCGAUGAGGAGAAGGGGGAAGGUGCCCCAGAGACAGAGGAGAAGGCAGGAGCUAAGAAUGUCGAAGGGAAAGAGCCUAUGGAGACCGUGAAGGAGAAAAAAAAAGAGGAUGAUGAUGGGGAAAUUGACGACGGGGAGAUUGACGAUGAUGACCUGGAAGAAGGCGAGGUCAAGGACCCCAGUGACAGGAAGGUGAGGCCUCGUCCCACCUGCCGCUUCUUCAUGAAAGAUGUUGUGCCACCAUUAUCCACUCUUCCACCACUAUCAAAUUCCAUACCAUUCAGAGGCCAGGUUAAAGGGAACUGCACCUGGGGGAUGAACUGUAGGUUCAUCCACCCUGGCGUGAACGACAAGGGCAACUACUCCCUGAUCACCAAAGCUGAGCCCUUCCCACCAAAUGGCGCCCCGCCUCUCGGACCGCACCCACUGAUGCCCGCCAACCCUUGGGGUGGGCCAGUAGUCGAUGAAAUUUUGCCACCACCCCCUCCAGAGCCCCCUACAGAGAGUGCCUGGGAGCGAGGACUCCGGCACGCCAAGGAGGUUUUAAAAAAAGCCACCAUUCGGAAAGAACAGGAGCCUGACUUUGAGGAGAAACGGUUUACGGUGACUAUUGGCGAGGAUGAACGGGAGUUUGAUAAAGAAAACGAGGUUUUCCGAGACUGGAACUACCGGAUCACGAGGGAUGUCCGAGACACAGCACUUGAGCCUUACGCAGACCCUUACUAUGACUAUGAAGUGGAGCGGUUCUGGCGUGGUGGCCAGUAUGAGAACUUCAGGGUCCAGUAUACGGAAACAGAACCGUAUCAUAACUACCGGGAAAGGGAAAGGGAGCGAGAGAGAGAGAACAGACAGCGAGAGCGAGACCGGGAACGGGAGCGAGACCGCGAGCGGGAGCGCCGGCAGAGAGAGCGGGAGCGGGAGCGUGAGCGGGAGCGCGACAAGGAGCGGCAGCAGCGGAGGAAAGAGGAGUGGGAGCGUGAGCGCGCCAAGCGGGAUGAGAAGGACAGACAGCACAGAGACCGGGACAGAGAGAAAGAGCGGGAGAAGGAGAAAGAGAAGCCAAAGCCCCGGUCCCCGCAGCCACCAAGUCGGCAAGCCGAGCCACCAAAGAAGGAGGCCACGUCUGCAGGCCCACAGGUGAAGCGGGCGGAUGAGUGGAAGGACCCUUGGCGCCGAUCCAAGUCUCCCAAGAAGAAACUUGGGGUAUCGGUCUCCCCUAGCCGGGCACGAAGGCGUCGAAAAACAUCAGCCUCGUCAGCCUCUGCCUCCAACUCCUCCAGGUCGUCCUCACGGUCGUCAUCCUACUCUGGCUCUGGCUCGUCUCGGUCCCGUUCCAGGUCUUCAUCUUACAGCUCCUACUCCAGCCGGUCUUCCAGACACAGCUCCUUCUCAGGCAGCCAGUCCAGGUCUCGGUCCUUCUCCUCAUCGCCGUCUCCAUCUCCAACGCCUUCCCCUCACAGAUCUUCCAUCAGAACCAAGGGGGACCUGGCCCCACCACCUGGGAAAACAGGGGAGAAGUCGGUGAAGAAGCCUGCCCCGCCACCUACCCUGCCUCAGUCCACCAAAACCACUGCUCCUGCCCCCGAGCCCGCCAAGCCAGGGGACACUCGGGAAGCCAGGAGGAAGGAGCGGCAGGCCAGGACCCCCCCCAGGAGGCGGACGCUCAGUGGCAGCGGCAGUGGCAGCGGAAGCAGUUCCAGCGGUUCCAGCUCUAGAUCCAGGUCCCUGAGCGUGAGCAGCGUCUCCUCGGUGUCCAGCGCCACGUCGAGCAGCAGCUCGGUGCACAGCGUGGACUCAGAGGACAUGUAUGCAGACCUGGCCAGCCCGGUCUCCUCAGCCAGCUCACGCUCCCCCACCCCUGCCCAGACCAAGAAGGAGAAAGGAAAAUCUAAAAAAGAGGAUGGCAUUAAAGAGGAGAAGCGGAAAAGGGACUCGUCCACACAGCCUCCCAAGUCCACCAAGCCUUCAGCAGGCAGCAGAUCUUCACAGCAGCCCUCAACCCCUCAGCAGGCACCGCCGGGGCAGCCCCCGCAGGCUGCCUUUGUCGCCCACAAGGAGAUCAAGCUGACGCUGCUAAAUAAGGCCACCGAUAAAACUAGCAGGAAGCGCUACGAGCCGUCAGACAAGGACAGGCAAAGUCCUCCUCCAGCCAAGCGGGCCAACCUCUCCCCAGACCGAGGUUCCCGGGACCGGAAGUCAGGAGGGAGGCCCGGUUCUCCAAAGCCCGAGCGGCAGAGAGGUCAGAAUCCCAAAGCCCCUGCAACACAGCCCGACAGGAAGCGCCAGCUGUCACCCCAGUCCAAGGGCUCCAGCAAAGUCACAAGUGUGCCUGGCAAGGCCACAGAUGCCAGUGCCACCAGCACCGCCCCCAGCGCCAAGUCUGGGAAGGCCAGCACGCUGUCACGGCGCGAGGAGCUGCUGAAGCAGCUCAAGGCUGUGGAGGAUGCCAUCGCCCGCAAGCGGGCCAAGAUCCCCGGCAAGGUCUAGUAGCCGCGGGUCUCCCCCAGAGCAGAGACUCACAGCGUUUUAUAAAUAGAUGAGUGCAGCCAUUUUGGAUUUUGCAGUGAAUGUCUUAUUUUGGCUGCGAUUCUUUUUAAAAAUUAAAAAAGGAAAAAAAAAAGUUUCUCAGCUGGAAAAGAAGCCACAUACCGAAUGAAGAUGAUGCUGAAUCCCAGCUGCCUCCCCACGAGACUGAAUCUAGUCCCUUCCCAGAGCAGAAGUCCUGCAGGCAGACAGACGGAUGACAGCUCAGCACUGAGGCGGCACACACAGCACCAUUUUUUAUGUAAAUUAUAAGUCAGACAGGCACCCAUGUCCACCCUGCUGGGUACAUUUUUUUCCACUUCUCUUUCUCUCUCUCUCUCUUCACUCUCGCUCUCGCUCUCUCACCUUCUUUGCCACCUGCCGCCACCCCCACCCCUCUGCUAGUCAGGCGUGUCCUCGUCAGCCUUGCUGUGUGUCCCAUGUCCUCAUGACACCGUUCUCACCGUGUAGCAAGAAAACCGGAAACUUCGUGAACUACUGCAGCCUCUCCCAUUCCUUGCCCGUCCCCAGGAUCAGAAAAAUAUAUAUAUAUUCUUGACUAAAGUCUGAUUGGGAAAUAUUUCCUGUCUUUUAUUUUAAGCAUAAAAUUGUUUUAGUUGAUAUAAAAAGAAAAAAAAUAAUACAGAAAACACCAAAAAAAAGUAAGGCCAAGGGUAUUGUUGGGGCAUCUGUCUAAUGUGGAGGGUCUUUUUUUGAGGAGCUCCUAAAUAAAAUAUUUUGAUAAGCA